GACGUCAGCUUUCAGUCUCACAAGGAAACGGCACACUUGGCAGCAAAACAAAGGGGGGGGGGACACAAACUGAGUAUUUAUAUGUACUGGACUUUCCCCACCUGUGUACCUGUAACCUGUAAUAUCACUAUAGACCUGCAAGACGACACACGUGGCCGUACAGGCAGCGGCCUCGGGUGAGCAGGGCCACGCAGCCUGUUGUCGGGAGCGAGCCUGCAGGAGUCGACGGGAGAAUGGCCUGCACUCUAGAGAAAGUUCUCGGGGACGCGCGGACCCUUCUGGAGAGGCUGAAAGAGCACGACACGGCCGCCGAGGGCCUGAUAGAGCAGUCCGGGGCCCUCAACCACAGAGUGCAGAGCAUGAAGGAGGUGGGGAAUGCCCUUCCUGACAAGCACACAGAAGACACCUCAGAGAUUCAGGAGCUGACAAAAUACAAGCCCCAUGUCCUUCUGACACAGGAAAACACUCAAAUCAAGGAACUACAGCAGGAAAACAAGGAACUAUGGUUAUCUCUUGAAGAACACCAGUACGCGCUAGAGUUGAUCAUGGGACGAUACCGCAAGCAGAUGCUCAACCUGAUGAUGGCGAAGAAGGAGCUGGACACCAAACCCGUGCUCAGCCUUCACGAGAACCACGCCAAAGAGGUGCAGAGCCAGGUGGAGCGGAUAUGUGAGAUGGGCCAGGUGAUGAGAAGAGCAGUGCAGGUUGACGACCAGCACUACUGCUCUGUUCGAGAGAGGCUCGCCCAACUGGAGAUUGAGAACAAGGAGCUGCGAGACCUCCUGUCCAUCAGCAAGAGCUCUGUUAAGACAGCGAGAGAAGAAACCAACCAGCAGGCAGCAGCACAAGAACAGUCCCCUCAGCCGGGACCCUACGAGUGAUGCCAACAGCUUCAGUGUGAACUGUGGUUGGGGCAUCCAGAAGACAGGAUUUGAUCAUUUCUCGAUGAACUACAGCAUUCACAACAUUAUUAUUAUUGUUAUAUAUUUUUUUACAUAACAUAAAAUACAGUCAACUCACAGCAUUUUUUUUUUUUUUGUAGCAAAGGCCACUUAAAACACAUCAUUCGGGCUAUCGGAUGCGUUUACCUGCAGUAUAUCUAGAUGAUAGCUAUUGUUUUCAUAUGUACAGUAUGUGUAUUAUCACAUAAACCGUGAUUCUUUUUUUUUUAAGGAGGUGAGGUGUCUUGGUUAUCACUGACAAGAAUUAAGUGGUAGACACACAUGUACUGGAGUAAACAAAGUAAAAGCAAAAGACACAAUUACUCUUCAAGGACACAUUUUCUACCUCUUUGGUGCCCCUUUACUGUUAACAACACACUCACAACAUGUAAAAUACUCAUAACCAGCCCUACUAUGAGUUCACUUGAAGUCCAUGGAGAAGCCAACUUGUAGUCUGCACCAUUUGAGGAUGCUGUGCACGAUAAUCACUCUGCCAACAAGAUGACUUUUGGCUGUUUCACACAGUUUGCCUGCUGAGGAGUGACAGUGGAUCAUUUCUAUGUGAUUGUCUAUCAUUUAAUGAAUUUGAUACGUUUGUCAGUCUGUUUGUAGAAUUCAUAUACAAGGUGUCCCAGCUGAUGGCACAUCGUUAUUUAUGGUAACACUUUCAAAACAUGCCAAGUUUUUGUGUAACGGAUAUCAAAUGUUUGCGCACUGUAUGUGUCAGAAAUUGUAUAUUGUCAUCUCAGGAAAUUGGUGUUAAUAAGGUGAACAUGCUGUAAUGACUUCGUGACUAUGUACUGAUUUGUGUCAAACUAAAUUUCAUUCAGAAACUUUAAAAUACAU